CAGGGAAGGAUCUGUUCCUCCUGGAGGAGGAGGAGGCGGCGGCAGUCAACAGGAAGGUGGAGACGACGGCAACGGUGGCCGAGGGGGAGACAACCUCCCGCCCACAGUUUCUCACUCUCAGUGCUCUUGUCAGGGCUGCCGCAGUCCAAACUGUGUGUUAAGAUUAAGAAGAACAAGAACGUCACAAGCAAAUACUGGAGCUGCGAUGGCCACUACGUCUGCUGGCACCGAUGGAGACUCGUCUACAGAAACAGUAGCUCAAGAACCGCUCGACGUGCCCACGGGAGGCAGUCCUUCAGCCUCACCGCAGAACGCAGCAGCACAAGGACUGGCAGGGGCUGCGCCCGGACCAAUAGGAGCUACAUCGCAGCAGGGAGUUCUGGGAAGAUCAGAAACUCCUACACAGUAUCAAGAUGCACCUCCAAGUCAAACUGCUGCGCCAGUUCCAACUCCGCUUUACCCCUCAGCAGAAGCGGCGCCACCACCUACUGCACUGCCGGGC